AUGGAUAGGAGGAGAUUAAAGAAGAAUUCAAGAACUAUGGACAAAAAAAAAAGAAGAGCUCAAGCAGCAAACUAUUUAAUAGAAAAUAAUGAUAAAUACAUUCAAUCUGCUGUUAAAGAAAAGACAAUGUCAAUUCAUAUAUAUGAAACAUGGUGGUGUUCUUCUGCACAUUUAUUACAUGAUCAGAUUGAUCCGACCGUUAAAAAACUGAGGAAAAAACCUCGAAUUCUAAAAAUUAAAAGAGUUCAAAGAUGUAAAACAAUAACAAGUAUGCUUCCAGUGGAUACACCAAAUUGGUGUCUGACCGAUGAGGCUCUUAAAAGAUUUAAUCAUUCAACAAAUGAAAUUCCAAUAUAUGAUUAUAAUACUGAUCAAGAUGAAGAAAUACAAACAAAAAUUGAUGAAAAUCAGCGAACAAAUGAAGAUUAUAUUACCUACGCCAAGAAUCCAAAUAUUACCAAACGUAAAGGGCGUUCACCAAAAAGGUUGCAGUCGAAUGUUGAAAAAUCCCUCAUUAAGAAUAAACAUGUAUUAAGAAAUAGCUUACAGAUCAAUGUUUAUAAUGAUGAAAAUGCAGAAAAUGUAGAGGGUAGCAGCAAAGGGUGUAGAUGUGAAAGAUGCAAACAGUACGGACAUUAUAUUACAACUUGCCCUUCAGUGUCUUAA